GCGAUUGAUUGUUCGUAAAUUAGCUUACAAAUAAUUUAUAACAUUUUAUUUUACACGUUACAAGAUGCUUAAGUGAUUUUUAUCUUCUCCGUUUCUGCUAUAUAUUACGAUCCUAAAAGUUAUAGUUAUCAUGACUUCGAAAUACAAAGAACGUUAUUGUUCUUCAGUCAUGUAGAGAAGUGAAGAAAACGUAAAUAUUGAACUUUAUUCUAUAAACCUUUGUUCCUGUACUCUCCGUAAUAUGUUUGUAGAAUAGAUCAAUUUCAUUACAAUAUGUCGCCUGAGUAGUUACGACAAACUGUAAUUAAAAUUAGUGUGUGUUUGUUUUACGAUUCACAUAGUUCUUUGUUCCUAAACUUGUGAUCUAAUUAAGUCAUCAAUAUGGUAGCUUAACAAAGUAGUAUUAUAUUUUCAAUACCAAAGGUUUGUGUCAUAAACAUAAUAUAAUGAUGGAUUCAGAAGACGACAUUCAACCCCUCAUAAGAUACGAACAGGGAAAUACUAGGUCCCUACACGCAAUAUUGAACUUUUCAGAACAAUUAUUAAACACUGAUCGUGAUUUUCACCAGGUAGUACAUGGGUACAGAAGAAGUCGAUGGCGGACAUUUCUUGUGUAUAUAUUCACAAUUUUAACAUGUGGCAUACCAGCUUUGUUCUUCCAUUGGUACCCGAGAUGGUAUUUGUAUGCGACUUCAGAAAGAUGCUGUUUCCAGUUGGCAGAGCAAGUAAUUGUAGUGGAAACCUAUCAGAAGAAAUGCAAAAGUUAUUACAUACACAAAAUACAGAUUAAAGUAAUUGCAGAUGCAAGUGGUCUGAUAAAUGAAGGUUUUCAAGAAGAGAUUGGAGGUGAGAAAGGAACUUUGGACAGUGCUGAUGACUUAUACACUCCAAUACAUUUAGACGAUGGGACUACUUUAAAUGUCCAAAGCUAUCGUUAUUUCAAUCACAAGAAACAAACGUUGGUAUGGGAGACGACGCGCGCGGCGUGGGCGCGGCUCGCGGGGCUCGAGAGCGGUGCCACUUGCUCGCAGCUGCACGCCCUCGCCACGCGGGCGCCCAGCGCGGACAGGCGGCUGCGGAUGCUUAAUAUUUAUGGUCUGAACGAAAUAAAGGUUCCAGUACAAUCUAUAAUGACCCUAAUACUACUGGAAGUGUUCAACCCAUUCUAUGUGUUUCAAUUAUUUACAAUAGCGGUGUGGUUGGCCGAGCCUUAUUAUUAUUAUUGUAUUGCUGUUGUCCUGAUGUCUACCUUCGGUGUUGCCACUUCUGUGAUACAGACACAUAAGAAUCAGAAGACCCUGCGUGCGACAGUGGAAGCCCACGAUACAGUUCAGCUAUGGGGAGAUCGGUCAGUGGACAGCAGGUCCUUGAGUCCGGGAGAUGUGCUGGUCCUACCUCCCAACGGAUGCAUCCUGCAGUGUGACGCUGUACUACUGACUGGCUCUGCUAUACUUAACGAGAGCAUGCUUACUGGCGAGUCCGUGCCAGUGACAAAGACAGCAUUACAGCGUAUCGACAGACCGUUCGAUCCUAAGGAACACGCCUCUAGUGUUAUAUUCUGCGGAACUAAAGUUAUACAAACACGAUACUAUAAUAACGAACCUGUUAGGGCGUUAGUACUCCGCACAGGGUACAAUACGAGCAAAGGGCAGUUAGUACGGAGCAUCCUGUACCCUGUGCCCGCUGACUUCAAGUUCGAUAGGGAUUCAUACAAGUUUAUUUUCAUAUUAGCUUGUAUCUCUAUUGUGGGUUUAUGUUAUACUGUUGCACUUAAGGCAAGUCGUUCAUUAACAGUGAAGGACGUGAUAAUAAAAGCAUUGGAUAUAAUAACGAUCGUGGUGCCGCCCGCGCUGCCGGCCGCCAUGACGGUAGGGCGGCUGUACGCGGUGGCGCGGCUGCGGCGCGCGCGUGUGGCCUGCCUUAACACGCGCGCCGUCAACGUCUGCGGCUCCCUCGACUGCAUGUGCUUCGACAAGACGGGUACAUUAACAGAGGAUGGGUUGGACAUGUGGGGCGUGGUGUGCGUCAGUGCAGCGUCCGCGCCGCCGCGGCUGGGCCGGCCGCAGCGCGACCCGCGCCAGCUGAACGACCUUCACGACCUCAAGAUAGGCAUGGCCACCUGUCACAGCCUCACCCUGCUCAAUGGGGAGCUGGCAGGAGACCCCUUGGACCUGAAAAUGUUUGAGUCAACUGGAUGGACGUUAGAAGAGCCUGACGUGCCGGAGCUGUCCAACUACGAGAUACUGACGCCCACUAUUGUCAGACCGAAGAAAACUGCCAACAUCAAUGUUGAUGAUAUUCAUAUGCCGUUAGAAGUGGGUAUAGUCCAGCAGUAUCAGUUCGUGUCGUCGCUGCAGCGGUCUUCUGUAGCAGUGCGUCUGCUGGGCGAGGACGUGCUGCGCGUCUACUGCAAGGGGGCUCCGGAGACGUUGCGUACACUCUGCAGAACAAACACCGUUCCUGAGAAUCUAAAUGAAAUCCUGGCUUCGUACGCGGAGAAGGGGUACCGCGUGAUCGCCAUCUCCACCAAGAUAAUGGAGGUCACCUUCAAACAGCUGCAGAAGAUGACCAGGGAUGAGGUCGAGUGUGAGCUGGAGUUCCUGGGGCUGGUGAUAAUGGAGAACCGACUGAAGGCGGCCUCCACCGGCAUCAUACGGGAACUGAAGGAGGCUAACAUACACGUAGUUAUGAUUACCGGCGACAACGUGCACACGGCGGUGAGCGUGGCGCGCGAGUGCGGCGUGCUGCAGAGCGGCGAGCGCGUGGUGCAGCUGGUGCCGCACGACGACGAGCGCGGCGCCGCGCUCUACUGCGAGAGCACGCUGCACGGGGUGUCAGUGGGUCGGAAGACGUCUCUGGAGCAGAUGUGUGCGUGGGGCGCGGACAGCGGGCGCGGCUCGUGGCGCGGCUCGGCCUGCAGCGGGGACUCCGCCCCCGACCCGGAGGCGCCGCACCACAUGCCCAACUACAAGAUUGUCAUGACUGGAGACGCUUGGAAGAUCCUCCGCGAGCGCUACGCGGCGCUGGUCCCGCGCGUGGUGUCGCGCGGCGCCGUGUUCGCGCGCAUGACCGCGGACCAGAAACAACAACUUAUCAUCGAAUAUCAAGCACUCGGGUAUUACGUUGGUAUGUGCGGUGACGGCGCUAACGACUGCGGCGCGCUGCGCGCUGCCCACACCGGCAUCUCGCUGUCGGACCUCGAGAGCAGUGUGGCCGCGCCCUUCACCUCCGCGCAGCGUGACGUCACUUGCGUCUCGCACGUCCUGCGAGAAGGACGCGCCGCGCUCGCCACCAGCUUCGGAGUAUUUAAAUUCAUGAUCGCCUAUUCCCUCACAGAAUUCCUCUCCGUCGCAUUCCUGUACUACUUCGACUCGAAUCUCACUGAUUUCCAAUAUCUCUUUAUAGAUGUCGCUUUAAUCGUUAACUUCGCUUUCUUUUUCGGUAUGACAGAAGCACAUACAGGAAGAUUGUGUAAAAUACCCCCGUUGACUUCUUUACUAGGUUUCGCUCCGUUAGCGUCUUUAAUAGGUCAGAUGACCUUGAUAGCGGUCAUCCAGUAUUUAAGUUACCUCGCUAUAACGCAGUUCCCGUGGUACGUGCGUCAUACUUACGAAGGUGAUAAUGCUAACGAAUGUUGGGAGAAUUAUGCUAUUUUCGCAGUUUCUAUGUUCCAAUAUAUUAUUUUAGCGGUAGUUUUCAGCCAUGGCGCCCCCUACCGCCGCUCUGUUAUAACUAAUAAACAUUUAAUGAUAAGUGUGGUAAUUAUGACGGCAGUUUGUGCAUAUUUGACGAUAUCUCCAGCGAAAUGGUUGUCGGAGUUUUUCCAAUUAAAAAUGCCUAAAGAUAAUUUAAUGGGUUAUAUUGUGUUGGCGUUGGCUUCCUUUAAUUUUGUAUUCGCUUUGUUUUACGAACGAGUUAUUGUACAAUACUUUAUGGAGACCAAAGAGGUUAUACCGAAAUGUUUGAAGGAAAAGAAAAUAAUGAAAACUCCACAUUUGAUGAUAAAACAACAAUUAACAGAUACAGAUUAUUUGGACUGUGAUAGUAUUAUGCAGACGGACGCGGGCAGCUGAGGUUUUUUGUAUAGCUAAUUAUUAAUAUAGUGUUUGGACGAAUUUAUAUUUAUGUGCAUUUAAUGCAUUUUAUUAGUGUAAUUAAUAAUU